AGAAGCCUGUAAUUUGUUGCCAGUGCGGUGGUCACGUGAUGGACGCUCUCCCUAGAGAGCACUUCCGGUAACGUUUCCUGUGUUUGUAAACUGAAAAAAUUGUCCGACAAGAAAACAUUGGGCUACUGUAAACGAAGAAGAGUGAGGCUUGGGCCCCUGAUGAUUGGGGCUUGUGUGGUCUCUAAACACUCUCCCUGCCCCGAGCGAAGCUCUCUGUACCCCAACACACACACACACACUCUCACCACCGCGAUGUCACACCUUUCCAACAGCUCAGUGCGAGAUCACAUGAAAUGGGCUGGGUUGCUUGGCUGUGAAGCGGUGCUGUCCAGCAUGGCACUCAUGCAGGCCGGCUCCAUGCCCAUCCAUAAGAAGAUGGGCUCUCAUCUGGGCCAGGGACAGAGAGAAAACAAUCACAGCCACAACCACAACCAGGACACGCACAGCCAACACGGCCACAUGGUGCUUCCCUCAGGAGUCAGCUGCCCACCACUGCUCAUCCGCAAGGAUGGAGAGUUUCACUCGUCCAGGCUCUUGGAUGAAAAAGACAUGCAAUCCAGCCAGAAUGUGCAGCCAAAGAAGAAGAACAGGAAGUCUGGACUUCCCACCAAAAUGAGAGAAAAACCCCAGGUGGAGAUUCCUGACGUUAAUGACGAUAACUCACUCAGCUCUCAAGUGCAGAAGAAUUUCAUAUGUGAGCACUGCUACAGUGCUUUCCGUAGUAGUUACCAUCUCAAACGGCACAUUCUCACCCAUACAGGGGAAAAGCCAUUCGGGUGUGAUAUGUGUGACAUGAGGUUUAUUCAGCGCUACCACCUGGAAAGACAUAAGCGUGUUCACAGCGGUGAGAAGCCUUAUCAGUGUGACCGCUGCCAACAGAACUUUUCCAGAACCGACCGGUUACUACGGCAUCGACGUUUGUGUGCCGUGGGCAUCCCUAAAGAGGAGAACCAGCCGUGCUGUGAAGGCCGGCCGUAUUCUCAGGACCCCUCCCAGCACUCGGCAUCCUGGAGCCCACUGCAGACAAACAACAGCAGGCUGGCGGUGUGACAGCCUUCCGAUCGCUCGUACAAACCAUUUCCCAGCAAACGCAACGGACUCGCCAACAUGACCUGACCGGGGGUCUGAGCCUGUAAAAACUGUUUAAAGACUCCACGUCCAGCUCGACCCCAUUGGACUCUUUUAUACUGCUUGGACUCUGGGAAAUAGCAUUUUUUGUAUUUUAGACGGUACUGUGAUCAGCAGGCGGGUUAGUUGUGCGUUCAGUCCAGGCAAUAAUGACUUCUGGUAGUUUAGAAUUGCUUACUUUUGUAGUCCCCAUGCAGGACUGUAGAUUGCUGGGAUUCUCAGUGUUACAGUGCGCUCACAUUUACCAUUUCUUUGCGAAAUUUCACAAGCAAAAUCCAGUCGUUUCAAUAGGAAUCGUCAGAAGCGUGAGUUUCAAAAGGUUCCCUAUGCAUAUUUUGCUUGUUUGUAAGUUGGUCACACAAGUCUGCUGCAUAGAUCAACAAGAAGCUACUUGGUUUUAAAGUGACUUCUGCUACACUGUAAAAAAAAAAAAAAAAAAGAAAGUUGUUUUAACUUAGUGUUCAUGCUGACUAAAAAUUUUAAGUUUAGUCAACAUGAAAUGGUAAGUUGUACUACAUGAAAACAUGGAUAUUUGAGUUGAGUAAACUUAAAAUUUUAAGGCAGCGUGAACACUAAGUUAAAACAACUUUCUUUUUUUUUUUACAGUGUAGAAACAAUGUAUUUAAGUUGUUUUUUACAGUGUACAUGCAUUGCUACACUAUUGACAACAGACCUUUUUGACCACAAAAUUUCACAGAAUUAAACAAAUUACAGACAAGUCAGUUGUAGUGACAA